CUUAUUUAAAAAAAAGCAGCCUGUCUUCACGAUCUGUCACCGAAAAUUCUCUCUUUACUCUCUCUCUCUCUCUCCCACCUCAACAAAACCCCCAAUUUUAAUCCCCAGAACACACAGCAAAAACCUUCGUCUUGAAGCAAGAUCUAGCUUCAACCCACCAUGAACGAUCUUUUAUCUGAUUCAUUUGAGAAUCCUCGCGAUCAACAAUAUGGCGGUGGAGAUCUUGAAAUGGGAACACAACAUAAUGCGAAUUCUGGAGAAUUAGGGUUGGAUGAAUUCUUCAAGAAGGUUCAAGCCAUUGAGAAACAAUAUGAGAAGUUGAAUAAACUACUAAAAAAAUUACAGGAUGCUCAUGAGGAGUCAAAGGCUGUAACCAAGGCUGCUGCUAUGAAAUCAAUCAAGCAACACAUGGAGAAAGAUGUUGACGAAGUUGGAAAAGUUGCACGGUUUAUUAAAUCAAAAAUUGAGGAACUUGACAAGGAGAAUUUGGCAAACAGACAGAAACCCGGGUGUGGAAAAGGAACAGGAGUAGACCGAUCAAGAACCGCAACCACACUUUCGCUGAAGAAAAAGUUUAAAGACAAGAUGUCUGAAUUUCAGGCUCUAAGAGAAAACAUCCAUCAAGAGCACCGUGAAGUGGUCGAGAGGCGUAUAUAUACAGUGACGGGAACCAAGGCUGAUGAAGAGACAAUUGAUCGACUCAUAGAGACAGGGGAUAGCGAACAAAUUUUCCAGAAAGCAAUUCGGGAACACGGUCGAGGACAGGUGCUUGACACCCUUGCAGAGAUCCAAGAACGUCACGAUGCAGUACGAGAAGUAGAAAGGAAGCUUCUAGAGUUGCAACAGAUAUUUAUGGAUAUGGCUGUACUGGUUGAUGCUCAAGGGGAGAUGCUUGACAAUAUAGAGACACAGGUGUCAAGUGCCGUAGACCAUGUGCAAGAUGGGAACAAAGCUCUUCACAAGGCAAAGAGCUUACAAAAGAACUCAAGGAAAUGGAUGUGCAUUGCUAUUUUAAUUUUACUCAUAAUCGUCGCAGUCGUAGUUGUCGGUGUCCUCAAACCUUGGAAAAGUGGCAACGGUGCUUGAACGUAAGAACCAAUCGGAUUUUUCUAAGAUGAGAAGAUGGUGAUGUUUUGUUGUUGCAUUGCAUACUGUUUUAGAGUUUGAGUGAAGGGUAUUUAUUAUUUACAGAACAUUAUAUUCCUUAUUCUUGUGUAAAGUGAGCAAUUUUUUUUUUCUAUGGCAUUGACUCUGCUUGAUCUUUUGUACUUGAUUCUAUGUUUGUAUUUUUUUUAAUAUAAGUUUUUGUUUUAUACAUCU